CCAUUUUGCCCAGUUUUGGACCGUUAGCGUUUGUUGGGCGGAGCGCGCAUGCGCAGAUCUAUCAGUUUUACACACCGCUGCAGGGAGACCGCAGAGCGCUGGAAGAAUAGAAGAGGGAGAAUAACCGUAAAUAACCAAAUGGGACUAUAUGGGAAAAACAUGGCGAGAUCGUAAGGAAGACAAAGACUUUGUAAACAAGAAACCCUUACCGGGCUUUUUCUGAAUCAGGACAUGUGGGAUUAUUAAGAAGAAAACGCUACAAAUCAAAUGGGGUACCAGAGAAUGAAUGUCUAUGGGCAGAACCCCACUUUAUGAUCGGAUCGCCUCGAAAUUAAUGUAAAAAUAAGCCAUUGUUGAUCAAAAUCGUACCUUUGAUCACUUAUCCGACAUAUAUGUGUUAGAAAAUCUGAAAUAUAUAGAUUUAUAAAGCAAAAACUCAGAUUUUAUGUAUUGAAUUCCUACGGAGAGAUGUCAUCGUUGAGCCGUAAGGACUGGAUGUGAUACUUCAGCUGUAAAUAUGGGAGAUCUGACCGACUCCAGGGAUUUAAAAAAGACUUUCAUUGUUCCUGCCAUCAAGUCCUUUGAUCAUUAUGAUUUUAACAAAGCUAAAACGAGAGCCAGUCUCACAUGGCUAGUGGCAAAAGCCUUUGGUACAGACAUUGUUCCUGAAGAGCUUAGAGAGCCCUUCUAUAAAGACCAGUAUGAACAGGAGCAUCUGAAGCCUCCCGUGGCCGGCCUGCUGCUGUCAGCCGAGCUGUACUGCCGAGCAGGAAGUCUGAUCCUGAAGAGCGACGCUGCCAAACCUCUGCUGGGCCAUGAUGCCGUCAUACAGGCUCUGGCUCAGAAAGGCCUGUACGUCACGGAUCAGGAGAGACUGGUUACCGAGAGAGACCUGCAGAAGAAACCCAUACAGAUGACUGCCCACCUAGCCAUGAUUGACACUCUGAUGAUGGCCUACACGGUGGAAACGGUGAGCGUUGAGAAGGUUAUGACGUGUAUGAAGCAAUACUCCACCGAUGAUCCAGAUGGAGAUGUGCCAUAUGACACAGAAGAUGCUGUGACCAGCUGGAUGAAUAAGGUGAAUGAAUACUUGAAGGAGAUCAUAAUGCAGGAGCAGCGGAGGAGGGAAGCAGAAAGUGCCGAGCCCGUUGAGAAUCCAAAGUCUCCAACCAAGUGGUAUAUGAAGCUGGUUCCUGCCCGUUACAGGAAGGAGCAGGUUCUGUCCAAAACUGUUCCCUGGAUCCCCCCGGUGGACAACCUGGUGAAGGACAGCACAGAUGGUUGUGCCCUGGCCGCCCUGCUGCACUUUUACUGUCCCUCCAUCAUCAGUCUGGAGGACAUUUGCUUGAAGGAGACCAUGUCGCUGGCGGACAGUUUGUAUAACCUCCAGCUCAUUCAGGACUUUUGCAGGGAGAACUUCAACCGUUGCUGUCACUUCAGUCUGGAGGACAUGCUCUACGCCCAUUCAUCCAUCAAAAAUAACUAUCUUGUGUUUAUGGCCGAGCUCUUCUGGUGGCUCGAGGUCGUAAAGCCGUCGUUCGUUCAGGCACAGGUGUUAGACACUGAAGCACCAGCCCCCACACUUAAAAACCUGCCAUCUGUACCCAUCUCAAAAGUCACAAUGAGGAGUUUCAUAGAAAGACCUCCUAGUCCAGACAGACCAAGUCUCCCCCUCCGACCUCAACCCCAGACUUCCGCCUCAGGUCAGAUUAAGAGAUCAACCUCAAUGUCAUUUGUGGAGAGCUUCAUGGGCACUUGGCCCAAAGAAAAGAAAUCUGCUCCUCAAGGAGUGUCCUUUGAAAUCCCAUUGGAUAGAGACAGCACUAGUGAAAUGCCUACUUCAACUGGCCGAGGGAUGACCCGAUCUGCCAGCACAGAAGGUUUUAAGAUGGCCCAUGGGACUAGGGGCAUCAAGAGAAACCUUUCUUUUCAGCCUGUCAAUGGAAAGAACAUAGGCAUAGAGGAGGAGGACGGCUGCCCUGACAGCCUGACGGGAAAUCUUAACGGUCGUCUAAAUGGCUCAGGGCCACCCAGCAUUGAAGAGGCUCUUGAGAUUAUCCACAACUCUGAGAAAAAGUCACAAAGCCCCAAGGCCCAUGCGUCCAAUGAGGGUUUCUUUCUUCAUCUUCACAACCAAGCUGAACUGAACCCCAAAGCAAAAGAAGGUAAUCUGGACUCAGUUUCAGAGUCGUCCAAAGGGAUUGACAGCACAUCAACCACAGAAGUUGAUACAGGCAUUCACGUGCGGACGGAGGACAUUCAAGAGACGCUAGAUGAGGACUCAUCCCUUAGGGAUUGUACUGUAAGCAUGGAUCUUGACACAGAUCAAGACUAUGAGGCCAGAACCUGCUCAACAAGCCCGUGUCCCAGUAACAUCAGUGGAAAUACCCCAACCCCUGCCCUCACACCUGGGGUUAAGAUGACCAGUUUUGCAGAGCAAAAGUUACGUAAACUGAAUCCAAAUUUGGAGGCCAAAGGUGCCAGCUCCCAAGGCACAACACCAGACGGUUCAGACCUCAACAUUCCUCACUCUGUCUCCUGGGCACCUUCGCCCGAGGUUAGCCCUGCACGCCAGCCGUCCAAAGACCCUGCCCAGGCCAUGGCUGCUGAAAUGGUGCAGCUGCGUAUGAGACUUGAGGAGAAACGUCGUGCCAUCGAGGCCCAAAAGAAAAAAGUGGAGGCUGCCUUUACUCGACAUCGUCAAAAGAUGGGACGUAGUGCUUUCCUCACCGUGGUCAAGAGGAAAGGUGAUCCCACGUCACCGUCUCCCAGCUCGGAGGACACCAAAACACCAACGGAGACACCCCAGCCCGUCAAGUCUCCGCAGAAGUCUCCGGGUGAGGACGGCACAUCCGAAGCAGACCUCGUGGAGUACACACGCUCCAUUGAGAAGCUCAACGCUUCGCUGAGCUUCCUACAAGCCGAGAUGCAACGUCUGGCUCAACAACAGGAGCUUAUCAUGCAGAUGCGGGAGCAACAGGCCUGGGUGGUGUCGGCACCCCAACCUUCACCACAAAAACAGGUGCGAGAUCUCCGAGGGAGUGGGACACGGUCUUCAGGGUCACCCUCACCUGCAGAUUCCCCUAGAGCUACACAACGCUCCCCUACAAACCUUAAGAGAAAGUCCGCUUCCUUCCAUUCCAAGACCCCAAGGACACCCAGACCAAGUGAGCUAAAAAUCGCACCCUUCAACCGAGUCCUAACUGUUCCUCAGUCAGUUGACAGCAUACCACGGCUCAGAAGGUUCUCCCCAUCUCAGCCCGAAUCGUAUUCCUUUUCAUAUUUGGGACGUAAGAAGAAACCACCAUCAGGAGCUGAAACCACAGAUGCUGAACAAGACCUUGGCCUGGAGUCGAUUGAGCAUUCUUCUGGUGAUAUUACCUCACCAACCAAAGAAACCCAACAGGUAGAAGAAGUUGAACCAGAAGAGACGAAGGAGGAGAAUGAACAAGUAGAAGAAAGUGAGAACAAGCCUGCAAUGGAGUCGAAUGUAUCAGAAGUGUUAUCACAGUUCGUAACUGAAACAGUCAUUGUCACUCCCACCGAGAAGCCAGUUGACAUCACCCAUCAGAGCAACAAGAAUCUGAUUGAGGUUCCUUUGUCCAUCCUCAAGCCCAUAGAUGGACAAGCACUGGAAGAGGAAGGCGAGAAUGAAAUAUCAGGAGAAAAUCAAGAUGAUGAUCAGAAAAUGAGCUGUGGAUUCUUCUUCAAGGAUGAUAAGAAGGAAGAGGACAGCAUGGCCAUAAAGCGAGCGGCACUUUUGGAGAAACGGCUGAGAAGAGAACGAGAAACCCAGCAGAGGAAACAGCAGCUGGAGGCGGAGCUUGAACAAAAGAAAGAGGAGGCCAGGUUGAAAGCAGAGGAGGACCGCAUGAAGAAGGAAGAAGAUAAAGCCCGGCGAGAGUUUAUCAAGCAAGAGUACCUGAGGAGAAAACAGCUGAAACUUAUGGAAGACAUGGACACGCUUGUUAAACAGAGGCCUGCGGGAGCCAAGCAGAGAAAAGCAAGGCCCAAAUCCAUCCACAGAGAUGUGCUGGACUCACCCAGGACUCCUGUUAAGGGCACAGCAGGUUCACGCCCUCGUGUUUUUUCAGUGUCAAGCCUGUCUCUGGCAUCCCUUAACCUCGGCGACAAUGAAAGCGUCGGAUCAGAGAGGAAAACGCCCAGGCCUGAUUCAGCAGAUGGCUGCCUGUCCCCUACUCGCUCCGGUAGCCGUAACGGAGAUAAAGACUGGGAUAACGGCUCCACCACGUCCUCGCUGACGUCCAACACUGAAUACACAGGUCCUAAAUUAUAUAAGGUACCAAGUGCAAAGUCUAAUAAACAUAUCAUUCAGAAUGCUCUGGCCCACUGCUGUUUGGCUGGCAAAGUCAAUGAGGGACAGAAGAACAAGAUUUUAGAGGAAAUGGAUAAAUCAGAGGCCAACAAUUUCCUGAUCCUCUUCCGGGAUUCCGGCUGCCAGUUCCGCUCCGUAUACACGUACUGCCCGGACUCGGAGGAGAUCAACAAGCUGACCGGCAUCGGCCCUAAAACCAUCUCACGCAAGAUGAUCGACGGCAUCUACAAGUACAACUCGGACCGGAAGCAAUUCAGCCAGAUCCCAGCCAAGACCAUGUCGGCGAGCGUGGAUGCCAUCACCAUCCAAAGCCACUUGUGGCAGACCAAAAAACCAGGGACUCCCAAAAAAGUAGCGGGCGUUAAGUCGUAGUGUUUCUUGACGUCUGUUCGAACGCUUUCUAGAUGCACUUCUUCGUACGUACUGGAAACUUUUUACAAUCUUCCGUCCGAACUAGUUAGCCUCCGCUCAAUAAGGACACGCACGUUUUAUGCACAACUGGAAUGUAAAACUCUGAAGGGUGGCAAAUGAGUCGCAUUCAUGUGUCUGGCACCCGAGACAUCGUUUUACGUAUCACGUUUAAAUUCUAUGUGCCAAAAAACAAAACAAUGAAACAUUGUCACGGACGUCCUGUUAUUUUAAGUUGGUACACUAAAGCACUGAAUGUUAUUUCGUUUUUGUACAGAAUUCUCGCACAUUUGUGGCCUUAUGUUGAUUUUGUUUCCUGUUUUUUUUGUGUUUGUAUUUUUACGACUGUUGUUAUAUGAUUGUACGGCUGCUUAUCGAAAGGGUCUUGCGUUCAUAGCUUGUGAUUGUAUUGGUUUCAUAUCUAACGUAAGGGAGCCUUCUUGGCGAGCUAUGUCGUAUUUAAUAUACACAUAAAUCAGUGUGGUAAUGUGCCGUGAGUAAUAUUGUUUGCAGAAAUGACCCACUUUUGAUGGGUUUUCAACUUCUUGAACUCUAUUGGCAUUGAUUCACAGCAGGAUUGUGAAUUUAUUUAAUUUCGUUCCAGUAGGUGUAUUUGCUUUUAUGUAUUUUUUUUUUUUUGGUUGUUUUUUAACCGACCGAUGGUAAUGUUCUUAAUUCAGCAUUAUGAUCUUUUUAAAUCGUAUUUAUCAUCUAUUUUGGGCCUUAAGGCCGGGUAUUACAAAGCCAAACUUUUCUGUUGUAUUCGUUUAUGAUUGUUGGUGCAAACAUUAGGCUAAUGAGUAUUCGAUUGUGCUGAACUGAAUUGCGGAAACAGUAUUUCCAUUUUAGCUUCAUGGAUGACGAUAAAUAAAUGUCUUAUCAUGUGACUUAGCAACAUCA